AUGGAUUUGAUUUCUGUGCCUGAAGUUCUUGAUAGUUAUAAUUAUCUUUAUAAGUAUGAAGUUGUUUAUGAGGAAAGUGAAAAGUCUGAAUUGCAGUGGAAACAAGUCAACAGUGAUGCGGAUGCAUAUGAAAUGUAUAAUGAUUAUGCAUUUCGGCAUGGAUUUAGUAUUAGGAAAGGGAAAGUUCGAUAUGUUGGUAGUUCAAGUGUUUGGAGAGGCAGAAAUUAUGUAUGUUCAAAUGCUGGUUUGAAGGAUACUUCUUCCAAGGUGCCUAGGAAGUAUUCUAAGUUGGAUUACCGUACAUGUUGUGAAGCUUACAUUGAUUUUGUUAUUGAUGAGAAAGGUGUUUGGACUGCUGUUAAACACAAUAUGGAUCAUAAUCAUGCUAUGAUACCUGUUGAGAAAAGAUAUCUCCUUAGGUCUCAAAGGAAAAUUCAAGGUGAGCAUUUGAAGUUCAUAAGAACUAUGAAGGCUAGUGGGGUUAGGGUUACGGAUUCUCUUCGUGCUUUAAGGAAAGAAGUUGGUGGAUCUCCUAAUCUAUGCUACACUGUUACUGAUGUUUACAACACUUUAGCUAUUGAAAAAGCCGGCAGAUUAGAAGGUGGUGAUUGUAAUGCUUUGAUCAAGUCUUUUGCUGCAAGACAAGCCAAGGAGAGUGACUUUUAUUAUGAGUUUGAGGUUGAUGGAAAUCAUGCCCUUUGUAGUGUAUUUUGGAGGGAUGGAAGAAUGCGAAGGGAUUAUGAAGCUUUUGGUGAUUUGAUGGUGUUCGAUACCACCUAUAGAACUAACAAAUAUGGCAUGAUUUGUGCCCCUUUUGUUGGUAUGAAUCACCAUUGUAAUAAUGUCAUGUUUGGAAUGAGUUUUGUUCUUGAUGAAAAGACCAGCAGUUUUGUAUGGUUGUUUGAGGCUUUUAUGAGAUCUAUGGGAGGAUGUCGAGAUCCCAUAACCUUAAUGACUGAUCAAGCCCCUUCAAUUGCUGCAACAAUUCGACAAAUAUUUCCAAGCACCCGGCACCGUUUGUGCACUUGGCACCUUGGUGAGAAUUCAAAGACCAAUAUAGGAGGACUCAGAAUAUUAAAAGGGUUUCCAGAAGUAUUCGAUUUUUUCCUUAAAAUGAUGACAAAAUACAAGUGUUCAGAAAAUGAUUGGUUAAAUCACUUGUAUGAUAUCAAAGAGAAAUGGUGUCCUGCUUAUUCAAAAGAUUAUUUUUCGGGUGGAGUUUUGUCAUCCCAAAGGAGUGAAACAACAAAUCAUUCUGCUUCCAAUAGAUUGAAUAAAACAGAUGGUUUGAGUGACUUUUACAGUACUUUUAUUGAUGUUAUAUCAGAGUGGAGGAGUAAAGAAAGUAAGCAAGAUUUCCGUUUUUUGAGGGGUAACCAUCAUCUUGCAGUAGCUAAUGUUCGUUUGCUCAUACACGCUAGGGAGAUUUAUACUAUUUCUGUGUAUGUUGUUUUUGAGGAUCAAUUUGCUAAAGGAAUUGCAUGUUGUCAAGAGCGGAAGCAUGAAGAUGAUGAGACUAUUUGUUAUUAUGUUUGGAGGCCAAAUAAGGACAUUAUUAGGCAUGAAGUUACUUAUGAAAAAUUUACUUUCAAUAUCAAUUGA